AUGUUCUCCUCCAGACGACGCACCGCGAGCGUGUCUCAGGGCCGUGUCGGCAAGGAGUCCACCAGCAAGAGGAAGAUGUCCGUCAGCCACACUCCCUCCAUGGCCCGCCGGAUGGAAGACGUCAAGUCGACCCCGUCGAGCGGCACCGCCAGCCCUGCCAUGACCUCGGCCAUCAUCACCCUCUGCAUCGGCCGGGACCAACGCCUGUUUGCUGCCCACGAGGACGUCCUGUGCCACUCGCCCUACUUCCAGGCCGUCUGCAAGGGCCAGUUCUUCAACUCCACCGCCAGGCGCAUCGACCUUCCCGACGAGGAGCCCGAGGUCUUCUCGUCCGUGCUGGAGUACCUGUACAAGGGCGACUACUACCCCCGUCUGGAGCACGACAAGAAGAGGAACAGCUGGCGCCUCGAGGCCUCCAGCGGCGGCGAGACGACCGUCUACGUCAACGGCAUGGGCAUGAUCCUCAAGGACACGGUGCUCUACUGCACUGCCGAGAAGUACGGCCUGGACGAGCUCAAGCGCCUUGCCCUUCGCAAGCAGGGCCUGCAGUCGGGCAUCCAGUGCAGCACCAUCCUGGCCUCGGCUCGCUACGCCUACGCCAACACGCCUGACAGCGACAGCAAGCUCCGUGCCCACUACCUCGCUCUCAUCAUCCGCUCGCGCCACACGUUCAAGCGCAGCGGCACCAUGCAGAACGAGAUGGAGCACGGUGGCAAGCUCUUCUUCGACCUGUUCGUGGCCAUGUGCAACCACAUGGACGACGUCCAGGGCAUGAAGGGCCGUCACUAA